UAUAUAAAGCCAGUGGGAAUCAGAGUUAAAAUUGAAAAACUGAUGAUGGAUUUUUGUUGCGGUGCGUUAAGUUCAGUGUUGGUAAACAUUGCCAAUAAUUCACAAAGCUAUCGAUAAUUUGUACAAUGUUUGGUCGUCAUCGAUAUUUCUUACUCCAGAAAAAAACAAACCUAUUUCGCCACACAAAAACGCAAAAUUACAAUUUAAAUCCUAAUUAGUCCCGUUUUUUGGCACACAAACUGAUUUAAAAUAUGCCUGUGUAAUGCUAGAAAACAUUUCGUUGUGUGUUAUCAAGAUAGAAACGGAUUUGGAGCCCAGUGCAGAUUCCGAGGGAGCCGUGUCUGUCGAACACCCCACUAACCCGCGCGUGCUUAAGGAGCGGGAACGCGAUCGCGGACUGCGCCAGGCCCGCGAUAUCACCAUCGAGACCUAUACCAACCAGCGUUGGAACAAGGAGUUGGGUGGUCAGGAGGCGACACAGGUCAGCAAGAUGAACUGGGCGGCGGCCGUGCAGCAUGUUAACAGCCCCACUGCGGGCAGUUCGCGGGAGACAACACCCCGCAGCGGAGACGAGUCCGGGGGACUGCAAACUGCCUCAAAUUUCCCCCAGGAGAUCGGCUACUUCUCCGGCAAUCCCAUCGUCGAGGUGACCAAGGGCCUCAUCCAUCUUUACAAGAAAAACGAACGCAAGGCCACCAAGGAGGCUCCAUCCAACCAGCUCUGCCUGCUGGCCGUGCCCGCCACUCUAAACUGCCACGAUCUGCUGAACUUCAUAGCUCCCUGCCAUGCCGAGAUCAAGCACGUCCAGAUAGUCCGCGAUGGAAGUCCCAACCAGUUUAUGGUGCUGCUGGAAUUUCGCUCAAAUGAGUCAGCUCUAGAGUUCUACAAGUCCUACAAUGGGAUUGCCUACAACUCCCUUGAGCCGGAUUCGCUGUGCCACGCGGUCUGGGUGUCCGCCGUCGAGCGUGGAGAGCACGAAGCCCCGCCGCUGGGCCACACGGAGCUACCCACUUGCCCCGUCUGUCUGGAACGCAUGGACGAGAGUGUUGACGGAGUUUUGACCAUUUUGUGCAACCAUGCAUUUCACGCGAGCUGCCUGAUGAAGUGGGGCGACUCCACUUGCCCAGUGUGCCGCCAUGUGCAGACCCCAGAGCUGGUGGAGGAUUCCGUGUGCAUGGAAUGCGAGGGAACGGAUUCGCUGUGGAUCUGCCUGAUAUGCGGACAUGUGGGCUGCGGGCGGUACCAGGGCGGCCAUGCUGCGGCCCACUACCGAGCCACCAACCACACCUUUGCCAUGCAGCUGGGCACCUCCAGCGUGUGGGACUAUGCCGGCGACAACUUUGUACAUCGUCUGUUCCAGAACAAGUCCGACGGCAAGCUGGUGGCCUCGCAAACGGAGAAGGACGAGCGCGAGGAGAAGAUCGAUUCUAUGCAGAUGGAGUUCACUUACCUGCUCACCUCGCAGCUGGACACCCAGCGGAAGUACUACGAGGAGCGAAUGGAGCGGCUGGAACAAGAGUGGCAAAACUUCAAGGCGAACGCCAGGGAGGCCAAAACCGAGGUCUCUGAGCUCCAGCAGGUCCAGCAAACCAUGCAAAAGGAGAAGCAGAAUCUGGAGCGCAAACUCGCUCAGCACACAGCCAAGCUCAAGGAGGUCCAGAAGCAACUGAACGAAGAGCGUGAGCUGUCCAAGGCCCUGCAGACCAACCAGAGUUCCUGGCACGGCAAGUACAAGGUCCUGGAGCAGCAGUAUAAUGAGUUCAAGCAUACCCACGAUGCCGAGGUGACCGAUCUCAAGGAGCAGCUGCGCGAUGUCAUGUUCUUUUUGGACAAUCAGCAGAAAUUGGCCAACUCGGAGCUGGCUGGCGCCUCCAUUACUGGGAUUGGAGAAAAGGAGCCGGAACCCAGUUCUCGGCGCGGCAAUCGUCGCAAGAAAUAGAUACGAUCUUAAACACCAUUUACACAUCCAUGUAUUUUGAUUCGAGUUGAACUGCUUGUCUAUGAAACCCGAAUUACAUACGAUUCAAAGCAGCUCUAUAUGUGAUUUCCUUUGUGAAGCAAAAGCCCAAGGAUACAGUAUAACCUAGUUUACUACUCUACUCUUAAGCGAAUUUAAAGGCUUCUGUCUAAAAUGUAUUGCGUUUGUAAUUGAAGAAAAUUAAACGUUUGUGAUGAAACCUA